UUAACGUGUUCUGACAGCUCUGCUUCUCUUCCUUAAGCGUUCUUUUGUUUCCUGUUGAGUUGCAUAUCAAAAGAACGGUUUUUAUGGAGAGGAUCUCCUCAUUAAUGGUGUUAAUAUUCUCUCUCUCCCUCUCUCUCUCUCUCUAUGUGGAUAUUUUAGGCUCUUGACAGCAGGCUACAUCUCUGUCUUCUUCUUCUUCUUCUUCUUCUUCUUCUUCUUAGAACUCACCACCAAUUUCCAAUUUGCCUGCCAGAGGUGAAGCCAUGAACAAUCAGAGCAGCAGCAACGACAACAAGAGUGACAAGGAUAAGGCCAUCGACGACUGGCUUCCCAUAACAUCAUCGAGGAAUGCCAAGUGGUGGUACUCCGCCUUCCACAAUGUCACUGCCAUGGUUGGAGCUGGUGUUCUUAGCUUACCCUACGCCAUGUCUCACCUCGGAUGGGGUCCGGGAAUCGUGGUGCUCGUCCUGUCAUGGAUCAUCACCCUGUACACGCUGUGGCAGAUGGUGGAGAUGCAUGAGAUGGUGCCCGGCAAGCGCUUCGAUCGGUACCACGAGCUCGGGCAGCACGCCUUCGGGGACAAGCUCGGGCUGUGGAUCGUGGUGCCGCAGCAGCUGGUGGUGGAGGUCGGCGUCAACAUCGUGUACAUGGUCACCGGCGGCAAGUCGCUCAAGAAGUUCCAUGACGUCGUCUGCCCUGACUGCAAAUCCAUCAAGCUCACCUACUUCAUCAUGAUCUUCGCCUCCGUCCACUUCGUCCUCUCCCAGCUCCCCAACUUCAACUCCAUCUCCGGCGUCUCCUUGGCCGCCGCCGUCAUGUCCCUCAGCUACUCCACCAUCGCCUGGGCGACUCCCCUGCACAAAGGGAAGCAAGAGCACGUGGACUACAGCAACCCGGCAUCGACCACCACCGGUGCCGUCUUCAACUUCUUCAACGCUUUGGGGGACGUCGCCUUCGCCUACGCGGGCCACAACGUCGUCCUGGAGAUCCAAGCCACCAUCCCGUCCACGCCCGAGGAGCCAUCGAAGAAGCCGAUGUGGAAGGGCGUCGUCGUCGCCUACAUCAUCGUCGCCAUCUGCUACUUCCCCGUCGCUCUGAUCGGCUACUGGGCUUUCGGCAACGCCGUCGACGACAACAUCCUCAUCACCCUGGAGAAGCCCCGUUGGUUGAUCGCCUUGGCCAACAUGUUCGUCGUCGUUCACGUCAUCGGCAGCUACCAGAUCUACGCGAUGCCCGUCUUUGAUAUGAUCGAGACGGUGCUCGUCAAGAAGCUUCAUUUCCCGCCGGGACUAACUCUUCGUUUGAUCGCGCGAUCAGUUUACGUUGCAUUAACGAUGUUUAUCGGUAUAACCUUCCCCUUCUUCGGCGGACUGCUUGGAUUCUUCGGAGGUUUUGCGUUCGCCCCAACCACAUACUUCCUUCCUUGCAUCAUGUGGCUCGCCAUCUACAAGCCCAGAAGGUUCAGCGCAUCUUGGAUCAUCAACUGGAUCUGUAUCGUCCUCGGAGUGCUGUUGAUGGUUCUGUCGCCAAUCGGCGGGCUAAGGUCGAUCAUUCUCCAAGCGAGCAGCUACCGUUUCUUUUCAUAGGCUACGCCGCAGGGGACGAAGCCAAAAGCGGAGGAACAAACAUGUUUGCUGUUCAAAGCACGGAAUUCUUUGGGCAAUGGUGUGGUCGUUUGAUAUAUUCGGAAACGUGUGGGGUGCGGAGUUUGAUCGCCGUACCAAAUUGCUGUUGUUUUCGUUCCUCUGUCGCUACUGAUACGUAUUUCCUGCGCUGCUUCAAAAUUAUGGAGUGAGAAUCGUACAUGGAUUUCA